AUGUCCGAUCAAGCCAACCAAGCUUCCCACACAGCCGAGAGCACCAUCCCAUCUGGAGCGAGGAAGAUGACCGAUCAAGAACGAACAGAACAUGUUGCUAACGUGAUAGAAGCUCUCACGAAGCAGGGCUUGGCGAUGUCCAAUCUUCCCGAGGACAUCAAAGGGAAGCUUGAUGACUUCGUAAAGAAUGGCUCUGCCUGUGAGCUGCAGAUUCCAACCCCCAAGGGUUUUGUUUAUUGCAAGUUGACAAAUCUGAUAGACAAGUGA